UAAUAUUGUACAUUACAUUACAGUCAUUUAGCAGACGCUUUUAUCCAAAGCGACUUACAAUAAGUGUAUUCAACAUUACAAUGUACAAUGAUAUAGAGAUAAGAAUUGACUGCUGAGAGCCACAUAGGUGAAUUACCAAAUUAAGAAAAGUUUCAAGUCAUAACAAAUGAGAAAAAGGAAGAAGGAAAGAAGACAAGCAAUAUAGUGGUAUGUUGCUUAUUGCAGAGGGGCUGAAUUAAAUGACAUGUUGGGUGUUAUGUCUUAUUUUGCCCACAUCCUUCGACAUUCAACACUCACUUCUACAUCCUACAGUCCUCUGACUCUCCAGAGAUCAGUGAUGACAUCAGCCCACCUGCUCCCCUCUCAUCACUUUAUUCUCUUGUGAUAAAACACUCAAAAUGUCGGUCUAGUUUUAUUUUAGGAUUGUCUUUUAAGACAAGUACUGAUGCCUGACCACACACACAAUGGAGUUCCCACUGCUUUAAUUUUCCCAUUAUAUGUGCCGAGUCGCUUUCUAUCUCCUGUUGACAGGCCUGCGUCGUCAGUAAGCACGUACACCACCUCUCUCAUUCACCUCUAUUCACUCUAAUCCCAUCUCUUCACCCGCUGCUCCGAGGGGAGCAGAUUGAAGGAUCAGAUAGCAGACAGGUAGGCCAUAUAAAUAAGCAGCACACUGGUUUGGGAGUCUGACUCAUAAACUCUGAAUAAAUUGCCUCCUGUGAUCAAAUACUGCACAGGCUGUUCAUUUUACCGUUGCAGGUUUUCUCAAACUACACGCCUCGAUGUGUAAAGGGCUCUCCUCACUGCCCUCAUCAUGCCUGGAGAAGGCAAAAGAGAUGAGGGUGAAGUUAAGCCAUCUGGGGGAAACGCACCACAAGCAAAAGGUUCAGGAUGGAAAAGCUCUUCAGGACCUGGAAACUCUGCUGAACAGCAAAAGUGGUCGGCAGGCGUUCCGUGAUUUCCUGCGUUCAGAGUUCAGUGAGGAGAACCUGGAGUUCUGGCUGGCCUGUGAGGACUACAGGGUUGCCUCUUUAAACCUGCAGAAGACCAAGUCCAGCGGCAUCUACAGCCAGUUCAUCAACCCUGACGCUCCAAAGGAGGUCAACUUGGAUGCUGAGACCCGGGAGGCUCUGUUGAGUGUGACGGACUCUCCGUGUGCCAACACAUUCAACAACGCUCAGCAGAGAAUCUACAACUUGAUGGCCAAAGACUCCUUCCCGAGGUUCCUGCGCUCCCCUCACUGCAUGGAGGCCAUCAAAGCUCUCUAAACGUGCACUGUUCCUUACCACAGACCUGCUUUAGAAACAGGUGCUGAUGAAUCUGUACUGCUUGUUGUGCUGAUAGUAUUUUACCACUUAGUUUAGCAACUAGUUUGUUUUGUGAUUGUUUUCCAUAUGGCAGUGAUGUCUUAAUGCAUGCUGUUAGUCGUCUCACAUAUAAAACCUCAAAUCAUGAAGCUCACAUAUAGACGGACCUGCAUUUCACCGCUGGACUGCAUAAGAUAUAAGUGACAUCCACAAAGGAUUUAAAUAAAUACCUCAUAAAAGAC